ACGCCUCUUCCUCAUCAAAGAGUAGAGUUGUUUUCACGCGUGGUUGUUGUGUCUCCUUAUUUUAUUAUUAAAAAAUAGGUCACACAACCCACCUUUCAUUCGUGAAUAACUCUUCUAAAGUUUAUAAAAUUUAAAAAAAAAAAAACAAAAAAAAAACAAAAAAAAAAGAAAAAACAAAAAAAAAGAAAAAUAAAAAAACAAAAAAAAUAAUAAAAUCCUACAAAACGUAAAAAAAAUAUAUAAAAAUAAUUAAAACCAAAAAAAUCGCAAAACGUAGAACGUAAAAUAUAUCCGCGAUUAACAACUCAGUGGACAAAAAAAAAAUAAAAAAGCGUAGUAACGACGUUAAUAAAGUAACAAGAAAAAAAAAUAACGAGGCCGUGUUUGUGUGUACGAGUUAAAAAAAUAAAGUUUAUAAAUAAUAAUAAUAAAUUGUGCUGGUGAAUAGAUAAAUGCCAACGGAAGCAAUUGUCUGCUAGAGAGAAUCACCAUAAGGCGAAAAAACCAAAGCCAUAUUGAAGCAUCAAGUUGAGACACCAAACGUGGAGAGGCCAUUUUUUUUUUCUCCCACCGUCAUCCAUUCAGUUCCGUUUUGAACCCAACCUAUACCAGCCGACAUCCAAAUACUGGCUGGCGUACUCGGUCUGCGACCGUUACUAUUUUUUAUUAGACCAUAGAGUUAAAAUUUAUUUAAACUCAUUAAUAUUAUUUUUAAUUUAAAAAAAAAUUAAAAAAACGCAAAGAUGAAUCCUGGUGCGCCGAAUUAUCCAAUGGCAUCACUUUAUGUCGGUGAUUUGCAAUCAGAUAUUACUGAAGCAAUGCUAUUUGAAAAAUUUUCAUCUGCGGGUCCUGUGUUAUCUAUUCGCGUAUGUCGUGAUAUGAUAACACGACGUUCGCUUGGUUAUGCUUAUGUUAACUUCCAACAACCUGCCGAUGCUGAACGUGCAUUGGAUACUAUGAACUUUGAUAUGCUGAAAGGCCGUCCUAUACGUAUAAUGUGGUCGCAACGUGAUCCAUCACUGCGUAAAUCCGGUGUUGGAAACGUAUUUAUUAAGAAUUUGGACCGUAGUAUUGACAACAAAGCCAUGUACGAUACAUUCUCGGCAUUUGGUAACAUUCUUAGUUGUAAAGUUGCUCAGGAUGAGACUGGAGAGUCCAAAGGAUAUGGAUUCGUACAUUUUGAGACUGAAGAAGCUGCUAACAAAUCCAUUGACAAAGUCAACGGUAUGCUGUUGAACGGCAAAAAGGUAUACGUAGGCAAAUUCAUCCCACGCAAAGAACGCGAAAAGGAAUUAGGCGAAAAAGCUAAACUCUUCACCAACGUCUAUGUCAAAAACUUUGGCGAAGAUAUGACUGACGAAAAAUUGCGCGAAAUGUUUGAAAAAUACGGCACGAUUACCAGUCAUAAAGUUAUGUCUAAAGAUGACGGUAAAUCACGUGGGUUUGGAUUCGUCGCUUUUGAGGAUCCAGAUGCAGCUGAGCAAGCUGUCAUGGAGCUCAAUGGCAAGGAAAUUGCUGAGGGGAAGUAUAUGUACGUAGGACGUGCACAAAAGAAAGCUGAACGGCAGCAAGAACUUAAACGUAAAUUCGAACAGCUUAAAAUAGAGCGACUGAAUCGUUACCAGGGUGUUAAUCUCUACGUGAAGAAUCUCGAUGACACCAUCGACGACGAACGUUUGCGUAAAGAAUUUACGCCAUUUGGUACAAUAACAUCAGCCAAAGUUAUGUUGGAAGAUGGACGCAGCAAGGGUUUUGGAUUCGUAUGUUUUUCCACUCCUGAGGAAGCCACCAAAGCCGUUACUGAAAUGAACGGACGUAUUAUCGGUACCAAACCACUGUACGUUGCUCUCGCGCAGCGUAAAGACGAACGUAAAGCUCACUUGGCUUCUCAGUACAUUCAACGCAUGUCUAACUUGCGUAUGCAACAAAUGGGACCUAUGUAUCAAGCUGGUGGUGCUGGAAGUUUCUUCGUACCGACACUGCCGCAACCACAGAGAUUCUACGGGCCCGCCCAAAUGGCCCAAGUACGCACGACUCCACGUUGGCCAGCACAACCGAACCAAGUGCGUCCUAAUGCCCAAGCCGGUAGCACUGGAUUCGCUACAAUGCAAGCUCCGUUCCGCGCUGCUCCACGUGCUGCCACUGCUCAAGCCGGUGCCAUGAGAAACGCGAUAUCAGCACGACCCAUCACCGGACAGCAGCAACAAGUUGCUGGAGCCAACAUCCAAGGACGUUCUAUGAGCGGUACAACUGUCGGUGUUGCUCAAACUCAAAAUCGUCCACCGAACUACAAGUACAACAUGAAUGUACGCAAUCCACCCCAGCCAAUGCAGAUGCCUCAGCCGGCACCAAUCCAACAAGCUGUCCAUAUUCACGGACAAGAACCUCUGACCGCUUCAAUGCUUGCUGCAGCUUUGCCUCAAGAACAAAAACAAAUGCUUGGUGAACGUUUGUUCCCGCUUAUCCAGAUGAUGUACCCGCAACUCACCGGUAAAAUCACCGGUAUGUUGCUCGAGAUAGAUAACUCUGAGCUCUUACACAUGUUAGAGCACGGUGAAUCGCUCAAGGCUAAAGUUGAGGAAGCCGUCGCCGUGUUACAGGCUCAUCAAGCUAAACAAGCCGUCAAAAAAGAAUAAAUUUAUUAUUGAUUGUUAUCAUUUAUUAUUGCUAUUAUUUAUCAACACGUGCGCUGGUGUGUAAGAAAAAAUUCCACCGCGUAUUUAUUAUCAGUUCACUCUUUUUUAACUUUAUUUAUUUUUUAACGAAAUGAAAAUUAAAAAAAAUAGAAAAAUAAUAAAAAAAUUUUCGAAGAAAAAUAAAAAAAAAGUGAUUAGAAUAAAUGCGCGCGCCAAUUUCUUGUCUUACAUACCAACUAAUUGUGUUGGCAAAUAAUGAUAAUAAAAAAUAAUAAUUAACUGAUAAUUUAUUAUUUCUUUACGGCAAUUUUUUUUUUAAGUUCUUAUAUAAUAUUACACUCAAAAGUUUUCGUUCAUUAUGUUUUAUUGAUGAUGAUGAUUAUUGGUAUUAUAAUCAUCAGUGGUUUAUUAAUUAUUAAAAUAAAUAUAUAUAUUUUUUUUUCAUUUUUUUUUUUUUCGGAUAAUUACGUAUGAUUUUUAACAUUUUUCUUUUGUUUUUUUAUUUUCAUAACUAUGUUAGUGAUCCUCCGGUUUUGUUUAAAGGUGAAACUUUUGACAAAACUUGAAAAUGUUGAAAAAUAAAAAAAAUAAUAAAAUACAGAAAACGUAAAAAAAAUUGCAAAACUAUUAAAAAAUAAAAAUAAAUGAAAUGCAAUGAAACAAAUAAUACAAUUUACAUAUGUGACUACUUUUGUAAAAUUUAAUGUUUAAAAAAAUACGAAAAUAACAAAAAAAAAAACAAAAAACUGUUAAUUGAGAAGAUGAAACAACGAUUGUAAUGUUUUUUCUUCAUGUUUUAUGAUAAUAAUUUUUUCCUUUCAAAAAUA